UCAAAGCGUUGAACCGUUGAACAAGCAUGCGAGAUGAACUCCACUGGUCAAAGUGCUGGCUUGGCAGCUGCACGCCGCAAGUUAGCUCGUUCCCAUGUUAUCGAGCGCCAGUUUUCUCACGUGACGGUACGGCCGCUACCACUGUGAACCCGACCCCCUUAUUGUCAACGGUACCAGAUGGUGUAGCAGAGGAGCCGACAACCCUCAAGGCAUCGAUGACGCAGGCGUCUUCGUAUGCAGCGCUGAAGUCCCCCCGCGAUCGACACGAUUUCCCGAGCAUCUCAAUGCCGGAGUACCAGCCGCCGAGCAACUACUCGCACUCGGAAAGCGCACGCUGCAGGAUGGCGGUGAUCGCUCUAUUCCUCCUGGCUUCCGUGCUGCUUCCCCUGCUGACCCUCACGUGGCUCUACUUGUUCGCCAAUCAGGAUACGCCGAGCUCUUUUCCCGUCUGCUCGACCGACGGCUGUCUGAAACACGCGACGGCGUUGAGCGCCAAGCGGAACGGAUCCCUGGACCCCUGCGAGGACUUCGGCCUAUACGUCUGCGCGGCCUGGAAGCGCAAACACACUAGCCUCACCAGCACAAUCGUCGAGGAGAUGGUCCUGGACUCGAUUCUGGAGCAGAGCCGGCCGAAGAUGAGCGACUACCUCGGCGACGUGCCGUUGGGACAACGCCCCGAGCAAUUCAUGGCGCUGUGCGAAACGGCCAGACCGAGUGGCGACGCCCCAGCCAUCGCAGCAUUCAAGGAGUUCAUGCACGGCGAGUUGGGUUUCCUGGAUCCUCCUCAAGGGCCUCCUGGCGACCUUUGGCUGCCAGCCAACAUGUCGCCAGGAGUACACGCGCAGCUUCUCAAAGCACUGGUCGUUCUCAGCGGCAAGCAAUGA